GUUCGAGGGUCUGGAUGAUAGACUCGACUCGUGCCGUGACUGUCCUGUUCUACCCGGUGGUCGUCGAGCGGGCGUCGUCAGCCGAUGAGUCGCGUGGGUACAGGUCUGUGCCCCGGGCUGAUAAGCUGAGAACGAGAGAAGAAGAAGUGAAGAAGGUGUGGAGUGGGCACUAGGUAAGUAAGAACGAAUGACUAGUCCAAAAUGGCGUGGUCAGGCCAAAGAGCACGGAUGCAAUUCUCCAGAUCCAGAAAUGGGUGGGAGACUUGGCAGGUACUUGACGUGCAACGAUUCAAGAUACUGACGGGCAAGUCCCUCCGGAGUAUCUCGAUCACGCAUUCCAUUUUGUCCAUCCAACGCAUUCCGCUCUUAUCGGACGGUUCCCCUCUACUGAUCGCUGAUCUUUGGGAUCUUGGACUAUCUCCUUCUCCUUCCCCUCAUCCUCAUACUCAUCCUCAUCUCCUGACUCUACUCUCCUCCUCCUCUCCGUCUUCCUCAUAUACUUCCUUCACCUACUCCACCGCAACGGCUUUCUCGGUACUUUGCACGUCACUCAACUUUAGUCCGGUCCAACUCGGCGAGUGCCACGGUUCGCUCGCCGUGGGCCCCCGAAAAAUAAACGAAUCCAACGGCCAACGACAAACAAGUUCACCAGACCUCAGUUCCCCACCACCACCACCGGUCUCGGGCCUCUUCUUUACACCUCAUCCUCUUCUUUUUCUUCCCCCGGUCGAAGUCUUGAGGGUGAAUUCGUGCGUCUUGUGAAUCAGGCAAUCAUCAUGCUCUCCAUGCUCUUCUAGGGUGCGCAGGAUCGUCUUUCCCUCGGUUUUCUCUUCUCUUCUUUCUUCUCCGGGUUCGACGAGAUCCCGACUUUGCAUACACUUUUCCCCCCGAUUAUCCCGAUUUCCCGUGCCGCCCGACUACAUUCGUACUCCUCCCCCGCUUCACCAUGGCUACCUCUGUCCCCGAUGAAAUUCUCCCCUCGCCCGAGGCCUCCCCGGCCAGUCCGACCUCCUCGACGGGUCAGAUUCCACUGGAACAACCUCCCAAACUCAAGGGUCGUCAGAAGUUGUUACAGAACCUCCAGCGGAUGUCGUCUAGUCCGACGCUAACCCGCCGCGGGCGAUCGGCGUCGACUGGUUAUCGGCGGGACCACAAGGCUUCCUUAUCGUGUGUCUCGUUAUCGUCCGCCGCAUACUCGCCCUGUUUGGGUAAUGGGAGUACCUCUCAACUCUAUGGAGGUCUGAAUCCCCGACCGGCUACCCCCGGGCAAUCUGGACCGCUGGACGAGUUGGAGGACAACAAUGCUCGCAUCCGCCUUGUGGGAACCGAUACUCCCAAUGCAUCACGAACCGUUCCAUUGCCCUUCGACUUGAGGCCGGUCUCUCCACGAAGCGGGACUCCCUUUGAAGGCGAUGUCCCACCCACAGAAUUGAUCCUGCCGGAUGCAAAACCGGCCCGCACAAUUGACUUCUGGGGAGAUAUGCCACGGGAAUUGCAGGUGGAGAUCUUCCGAUACUUGACCCCGCGGGAGAUCGUGCGCUGCUCGGCCGUGUCGAAGAUGUGGCAUGACAUGUGCUACGACGGACAAUUGUGGUGCAGACUGGACGCCGCGGAAUACUACUCGAAGAUCCCGAGCGAUGUUCUCAUCAAACUCAUUACGUCCGGUGGACCGUUCGUGCGCGAUUUGAACCUGCGUGGCUGUAUUCAGCUAAAGAACAAAUGGUCUUCCGAUGGAGAGCGUAUUUCAGACAUGUGCCGGAACUUGGUCAAUCUUUCGCUCGAAGGAUGCAUUAUCGACAAGUCCUCUAUGCACUACUUCCUGAUGCGCAAUCCUCGACUGGAGUAUAUCAACGUCUCGGGUCUCAAGAGCGUGACCAACUCUGCCAUGAAGACUAUAGCUCAGUCUUGCCCACAGCUGGAGACUCUGAACGUCUCCUGGUGCAACAAUGUCAAUACGAAUGGACUCCUUCGUGUCGUCCAGUCUUGUGAGCGUCUGAAGGAUCUCCGCGCUAGCGAGAUUCGUGGUUUCGACAACGAAGACUUUGCUCAGGCUCUGUUUAAACGCAAUACCCUGGAGCGGCUGCUUAUAAGUCGCACUGACCUGACCGAUCAAAGCCUGAAAGUUUUGAUGCACGGUAUUGACCCUACCAUUGACGUCCUCACCGAUCGCCCCAUUGUCCCACCUCGACGCUUCAAACACUUGGACUUGCACCAUUGCUCGGACAUUACCGACGCUGGCCUGAAGAGUCUGGCUCACAAUGUGCCCGAUCUGGAGGGCCUGCAAAUCUCGCAAUGCUCGGAAUUGACUGACGAUGCGGUUAUCGACAUUAUCCGUACCACGCCCAAGCUCUCUCAUUUCGAGAUGGAGGACCUGGAGAAUAUGACGAACAACGUUCUCGUCGAGCUUGCGCGAUCCCCCUGUGCUCAGCACCUGGAGCACCUGAACAUCAGCUACUGCGAGAACCUUGGUGACACGGGCAUGCUGCAAAUCAUGAAGUAUUGCCCGAAGCUGCGCUCCGUCGAAAUGGACAAUACCCGUGUCUCCGACUUGACCCUGAUGGAAGCUAGCUUCCGGGUUCGCAAGCGAGGCUAUGGCGAGGAAAUACCCAAAAUCGGUCUGCGCCUGGUUGUCUUUGACUGCGCCAACGUCACCUGGGCCGGUAUCAAGGAAGUCCUAUCCAGUAAUGCUUAUAUUCCACGCGCGCGCAAGCCCCGAGCCUCGGUCAAUGCUAUUGUGACGGUCGCCCAAACGAGCUCGGACAGUGACUCUAUGACGACUACCACGUUUGUCACACCGACUUCGUCCCCAUCCCCGUCGCCCACCUUCCCCACUGAGAUUAUCCAGCUCAAGUGUUUCUACGGCUGGCAGAUGACCGUUGAUGAGCACACGAAGCGCAUUCUGCGCGGUGACCUCACUGCCGCGAGUCGUCUUGAUCGCAAGUGGGCGGACUAUAUGAUGGCUACUGAAGAAGCCGGUGCCGCCGGGGCUGGGGCUCGACGUCGACGUCGCCGCGCUCGCGAGGCGGAGAGACUCUACAAUGCGGAUGAGGACGAGGAUGAUAGUUACGGCGUGGGUGGAGUCUCUGCGCUCGGUGGUCGGCGUCGUCGUGCUCAAAGUGGCGGCUGCACUGUGAUGUAAGGGUUCUUUGAUAGAACCGUGUCAACUGCAGUUGCUGGGCUUUUGCCAGUUUUCGUUUUGCCUUCUGAUCCUUUUCUUCGUCUAUUUUCUUUCCCUAUUGUGUUCUGGAAACACCCCCCUCAGCGCUGGAUCGCUGACACGCAAUCGAUUUGCCAACCAAUUGUUCAACUUGCUACGUGAUAUACACGACACCAUUCUCAGAGACGAUGAAGGGAGCUCUCGACUCUGUUCAGAACAGGCCAAGAGCCUGAUUUUCGCUGUACGACUCACGAGCCCUCCCGCUCUCCUUCUCCUUCCUUCCCACCUUUCAACCAAGCAAGCGCAUUCCUUCAAUCUUUUUGUUUGUGUUUUCGUUAAACCCCCAUCUCCGGCGUCAAGACAGUCAAAACCAGACGAGCUGCAUUCCAAUGGAUGCGAUUGGAGUUUUGUCUUUCUGCUUUUUUUCUACUUAUCUGCCAACUUGUCCUGCUCCUCAGCCUUACUUAGCAUAUGUAGAACGGGUGAUUUGGAGUUGAAUCUGUCCUUUUCUUUGUGGUUUCUCUAUCUCUUUUUCCUUUUACAACCUUGCUCUUGCUUUACUGGCUAUCUAUCUCCGCACUGGCCUGGUUUUGGCGCUAUGGCCGAUCUUGACUACGCUAUGGCUACGGCCUUUUCGGCUUUCCUUUUCACUUGUUCUGGUUUCCUGUCACCUACUUUCCUACACAGGCUGGGUUUAUCUCUCUGUUAGGGUUGAAUCGAAAUCAGAAAUCAAUGAAUGCGAACUAAGUCAAACAUCAUAUUGUUGGAAAUU